UAUCUGCCAAUGCCAAUCCUCUCUGCCAGUGUCCUCCACCCCUUUCCAAUCCCUCCACUGGCUUCCAUUGUGCCUCACCCCUCUCUGCCAAUCCCUCCUCAGCCUCCACUCAGUGUCCUCCACCCCUCUCUGCCAAUCCCUCCACCCUCCACUGGCAUCCCUUCCAUCCAUCCAGUGUCCUCCACUCCCCACCCCUCUCUGCCAAUCCCUCCCUCCACUAGCCUCCACCCCUCUCUGCCAAUCCCUCAUGUGUCCUCCACUCAGUGUCCUCCACACCUCUCUGCCAGU